AUCAAGUCCUCAGUGCCCCCGUCCUGUCAUGGUCAUGUCCCUCUGCUGCCUCUGCCUUCCUGAGCAUCACCGCCCAAUUGUUCGCAUCAAAAUACAUCGACUCAACUGACGCACCACACACACGGCCACACAGACCUAUAGCACACACACAUACACACACAUGCACACACACAUGCACACACAAAUCCAAGAGACCUUCACGCGAAUGAGGCGCUCUGAGCUCUCACUCAGUUCCUCACCGAUCAGCUCGUCUUUCGUGAAGACGUGGUAGUAUCGUUUGAGUUCCACCAGAUGCUCCCGCGCUCCGCUCAAUUCGCCGCUCGGUGGACAUGGUGUGUCGCUGCCCUCUGGUUGCGUCUCGCUGUCUGGUUGGUCUGCCUGUGAGCCAGACUCGUAGACCCUCUGGAGGUGCCACGGCACGAACACUGCACCAAAGUACAAGGAAGGGCAGGCAGUGGGUGCAGGUACGUCUGAUGAAGUGCUGUGUCUGUGUGUGUGGCGCUGACCGUCUUGUGAGUCGAAUUGCCGUGCACCGAUGGAUCCCUGCUCCUGCUCGUACGCCCUGUACCAUUAACAGACUGUCUGUCUGUCUGUCUGUGUGAUAAAGCGCUCACCAGACGUACACCAGGACGGCCCCACCGGACCUGACACAUCGCACGAGCUCCUGCAGGGCGGCCAGCCUGCACGACAUACAGACAAGACGGAGGGAGGAGACGUGCUGGUGCGGUGGAGGCAGGCAGUCGUGGCAUGAUUGCUUUGCCGACCGACCUUCUGUCCUCACUCCCCAGGUGGUGGAUGACGGCAAUCGACAAGGCAGCGUCGGCGCAACCUGCAGACGCAACACAUCACAUGUUCGUCACGUGUCGGUUGCAUCGGGGCCUGUGUGUGUGUGUGAGAUUCUGACCGACCAUCCCUGAAGUUGAGUCUGACGCUGUCGGCGACCAACACCUGAGCGUCAACGCCCAGCCUUUCCCUGAUGGAUGAAUGGCAUGGAUGACCCACACACGACCUUGUAGUGCACUGAUAGGUCCGGUGUGUCGCCUUUCUCCUCUCUUGCCUCGUGCCUGCAGACAGACACCGACCUGCAUAUCUCCACGAGGGGCGCCGAGCGGUCCGACCCGAUGCACAGCACAUUGGACGCCGCACGGAGGUACUUGCCGUUGCCGCAACCUGCACCGCCGUGCUCACGCGCACACAUCAAUCAAUACAUGCAGCUACUUCCUUACACCCAUAACACACCUACCGGUGUCGAGCACAAGGCUGCCCGGCUGCAGCUGCUCCAGGAAGGCCUGCACCUUUGGCCAUGGCUUGUACCUCGUGUGGCUGAAGUGCCCCGCUAUCUUGUCAUAAACCUGAUACACGUGGUCUUCCUCCAGCUGUGUGGCGGGCAGCGACACAUCCACCGGCCGGCAGCUCUUGUCCGACGGCGGCAUCUUGGGGCGUCCCUCUGACGGAGGCCGGGAGGCCUCGGAGGAGAACAGAUAGUCGCUGGCCGCACCCUGAGCUGAGCGAGAGAAGCGGCCUUUCUCUCCAUGUGUGUGGACAUGGUGGGCCAGACCUUCUCACCGUUCUGCUUGAUGCUCCGCAUGACAACCAUGAGUGCUCGACUCCGCGUGGCAACUGUGCCGCCAGUGAGUGCAGGCUCCUUGACGGCAGGGACGACGAAAGUCCAUGCGUAGCGGGCCUCCCCUGUGCACACACAACCCACAGACAAUGAGCACGCAAUACACCCUUCUCACUCACCCUGCAUUGUCAGCAUGUCGCCCUCGUUCAGCCACAGGCCCUCCACACGACCUGAUCCAUCCAUCCAUCCAUCCGUGUUGUUCAAUGAGGAAAGAAAUGCCAACCAAUCAUUAGCAAUGGGAGGAUUCUUGUGCCACGGACCUGCAUGUGGGUUGAAGAGGCUAAGAGGCAGUGAGCCAUGGACACACACAAAGGCGAUCCAGUCCUGUAACAGACAGACAGACAGACACCCAAUGCCGGCCGAUGGAUGGAUGGAUGGAUGGAUGGCAGGUGGCUGUCUAUGAAGGCGCAUGCUUACUCACAUCGAAUAUGGCGUCAGACUCCAGGCAGUAAUACUCGGUGCCCUGAAUGACAGACACAUCAGCCAAACCGAUCAUGCAUCCACCAAGUUCUUCGCAUGAGUCUCAUGUACCUUUCCAGGCAGCGCCUCGAUGACGGUCGCUUGGUUCACAGCAAUCGGUGGCGUCCUCUCGCCGAAUGAGGCCACAAUCCUGUCCACGAACCCCUCAUGGAGCACCGCCCCAAGCCGCUUGACGCACUUGUGCCAAUCCAGCAUGUGGUUGCCGCGACCAUGAAACCCACAGCCGAUGUGCAGCUCUGAGGGGAGGGAGCACACAGACAGAAGGCAAUGAACGAACAAAUGGAUGACCUUGUCGCGUGCUGGACUGACUGACCUCGUUGCCUUGACGCCUUGUUCCAGUUCUGGGCAUCAACCUGCCGUCGGACAGUCUCGCAGUCGUCCUGCACCACCCAUCCCCGCAGCAGCCGCACACCCGCCCCAAGCGCAGCACUCCAGUUAUCGCCCUGUCCACUGAAGUACGAGCAAGGGUCCUGCACACUGUCCAGGGCGCCCUCCUGCCCCUGCCACGAACACAGCUCCGCGUAUUCGGCAUCGAUGGGCAGAGAAAUGCCGAGUGACUCCAUCACCGAACGCAGCGAGGCACUGUUAUCGUCAGCUUCGCCCUUGCUGCUGAGUAUGGCCCGCACCUUGGCUGCUGUCGGCGCGUCGGUGAAGGAUGCGAACAGGUAGUUGCGCUUGAGGAUCAGACAGAGGGCCGCUGGCUGCAGGGCGGGCGGGAGGGAGGCGAAGAGCCGUUCCAGAUGAUCUUGCUGCAGCUGCGCGAGGCCGAUGGAUGGGAUGAAUAGAUGGGGUGUGGGAGCUGAUAUGGUCAUCGGGUGAGGAACGGGACGC